CUUUUCGCCUGUCCUGCGCCUGGGCCUGACCGGCUUGGCCUCUCGUUGCAGUGGCCGCGGUGCUGAGCAUGUGCAUCCAGCACUUCAUCGGGGGCCAAAUCACCACCCUGGUCUUCAGCAAGAUGAUGCUCUGCACUCAGAAAGCCCCAGAAAAGAUCCAGGCCACCCACUACAGCCUUUUGGCCGCUAUCGAGGUCCUUGGUAAAGUGGCUUUCAGCACCGUGGCAGGUAGCCUGGUGGACUGGCUGGGCUUUCCUCACGCCUUCGGCGUCUUCCUCGCCUUCUCAUUUGCCUCCGUGCUCUACACGGUGUAAGCCAGGGUGGGCAGCCGCUGUUCCACCAGGAGCCGUCCAGUGUCGCUGGCCAGAGAGAGAGAGAGAGAGAGAGAAAGAGAGAGGUCACCUCAAGGAGAAGCCCAUGAAAGACAACGGGCGUUUCAUUAAAGCAACCGCCUCACCC